AAUGCAGCAGCUGGAAUCACCCACCCUUCCUUUCCCUCCCCUCUCCCCAAACAAAUGGCUAAAUCCCUUCCUUCUCCUCCUCUUUCUCCUCCACCUUUUCUUCUUAUUUUUCUUUCUCCUUCUCCUCCCCUCCUCUCCCAAUGUCCACCCCCGCCCCAGCCACCAGCACCAACUACCUAACUAACCUUGGCCUCGGCUACGCCAUCGCCAUCGCCCUCGGUUUCCUCGUUCUCCUAUCCGCUCUCCUCCUCGCCUCCUACCUCUGCUGCCGCUCCCACCCGUCUUACGAUAAUCACCACCACCACAACCGCAGCACCAACAACAACAACCUCAACCCCAACGACGGCAUCAUCCUCCCCCGCAUAAUCUUCGUCGCCGAGGACGAAGACGAGGACCAAUCACGGGAUGGUAACGUCGCCGUCGGGCUCGACCAGAGCGUCAUCAACUCGUACCCCAAGUUCCCGUACUACGUUAAGGAUGACGAUGGUCUGGGUACCAGUAGCACCACAUGUUCGAUCUGCCUCUGCGAGUACAAGGAUUCGGAGAUGCUCAGAAUGAUGCCCGAGUGUCGGCACUACUUCCAUUUGUACUGUAUCGACCACUGGUUGAAACUGAACGGGUCGUGCCCGGUCUGCCGGAACUCGCCGCUUCCGACCCCGCUGUCCACGCCGCUAUCAGAGGUCGUGCCGCUCUCGCAGUACGCCGCGGAUCGGAGGCGGAGAUGGAUUGCCAGUGCUUCACAGGUAUUGAGUUCUGGGGUUGAAUCAAUUUUCCAAAUUAUGGGUUUCUACGUAUACAUCUCCUUGUUUUCUUAUCCAAUUUCCCGUACUUCACCUGCUUGAUUCGAGUUCAAAGGCAAGUUGUUUGUUUUUUGUGUUGUCAACUUCUUACAGUUCAAUAACAUUGCAUUGAAAAAAGAAAAAAAGAGGCUGUUUUCCGAAUAAACAAAUACCGGAGUCUUGACUGAAUUGGUCAAGGAAUAGCUCGAAUAAUAGUCCAAAAAUGGCGGAAAAAAAAAAAAAAAAGAUGAAUUGGUCAGUCUGGCUUAACUGAUUAUCCUCCGAUCAAGUAGCCUUUGCGGCACGCAGUCUCUGCAAGUGUCGAUUAUUCCACCGGUACUUAGAGUACUUUUAUUUUCUUUUCUUUUAGAAGCUCUCGUUAAAUAUUUUUGACUAAAUUAUGUAAAAUAUGAUCGUUUAUUAUUUUCCUUUUGUUCCAAUUAGUUGGUUAUUAAUGUUAUUAUCAAAUAUAUAU